AGCUGCGAAAGAUAAUUCAGGUUGUAACUCCAAACGUCGACCCUUCUGGCCACAGACAGUCUCAGCACAGUCUAGGAGGCGAAAAUGAGUAAAGUGCUGAAGCUGUUGCUCAACUCAAACAAUGCGAACUCAAAUGCGGUUUCCAUUGAUUUAGAUGAUCUGGAUCGGCGACUGAAACACGGGGCCGACCAAAUACCCGUAUACACAGACGGCGAACCAGUGAAAGGCACAGUCACAGUGCAUGCGAAACCGGGAAAGACCAUCGACCACUAUGGCAUACGAGUGGAGUUUGUAGGAGAGUGUGUGCUGCCAUUUGAAUCCUCGCUUUCGACUGAGUUUGUGAGUCUGGCGAGAGAAUUAGCACCUCCCGGCGUGCUGACAAGCACUUCAUCGUAUCCCUUCAACUUCACACACGUUGAGAAGCAAUAUGAGACUUACCAUGGAACCAACGUCAGGCUGAGGUAUUACCUGAGGGUAACGAUUGGAAAGAGAUUUGGAGAUUUCAGAAAGGAACAGGAGUUAUUCGUGUAUGGUGUAUCGGAGGAGGAAGAUACUGCUACACCGCGGCUCAAGAUGGAACUAGGAAUUGAGGAUGCGCUUCACAUUGAGUUCGAGUAUUCAAAGGCAAAAUACCAUCUCAACGACGUUAUCAUCGGGAAACUGUUCUUUUUAGUUGUGCGUUUAAAAUUAAAGUUCUCAGAGCUCGCCAUCGUAAGGAGAGAGACUGUUGGCUCGGGGAGCCAAACAUAUACACAUAGCGACACGAUAACCAAAUUUGAGAUCAUGGAUGGCAUCUCAGCGAAUGGCGAGACCAUCCCUAUUCGUCUCUUUUUAUCCGGCGUAGACAAUAUUCAGCCGACCAUGUGGGAUGUAUGUAAACGGUUCUCCGUCCGAUACUUCCUUAAUAUGGUAUUAGUUGACGAAGACGAUCGGAGAUACUUCAAACAACAGGAAAUCACGCUCGUACGGCAACCAGUGCCAGUUCUCAGCAAUGCUAAAUAACAGACUAUGCGUAGACAAGUGUCGUCACACCGAGUGAUUUGGGUAGGGAGGUAAAGCCCAACAGAUGAAGUAAGACUACCUUGUUAGCCGCGACCAGCAACCGGCAUGCUACUCGUGUUAUUCUUUCGUCCAAUUAGAAGAGGCAUGGAGCUCUGCUGUCCAUGUGAGGCGGCAAAUCUCUUCAACCACUCCGCACCUUUUUUUCGUAGAGAUAAGGUUCCUCACCUUCGACCAUCCUAGCGGCUGGCCGUGCGGUUCCAUUCAAAUUCCUGUGAGCUAGCCCAACACGUAGAUUGUACCUAUUUCGUGAGUGCUUCAACUCCAUCGGAACUUUUCACCGGGAAGUGCGCUGGUUGCAGAAACUUCGAGAGGAAUGUAGGCAUAUUGGGGCUGGCUGGGACCGCAGCAGUCAGUACCAGAUCGUGCGCGCUUGCAUUGUGUGCGGGUUUAGCUGAUGGAGCAACCACGGGGGACUGCAUGCUGUUCUGCUACCGAUGCACAGCUUGAGGGGCCGGGAUGUCCAAUUCAACGCAGAUCUUAUUCCUGCAUCUCCGCGCUCGUUGCAAAUCGGUCAGUGUUCUGUGAAAGCAUGUCAAGUGUUUGGAAACAGAGAUUAGAGGUUACAAAUUAGCGAAUCGUAGAAAGGAUCGCCAGAUGACUUGGUAAGGACAACCGGCUGCUUGCAGCAAAAAAAAAAACACACAUAUAUUCAGAGGGAGUGUAGAUGCACCUAGUGACUCGCAACUUAUUUUCGGCACUAUCAGCAAGCAGUGGGGACGUACCGCAGCUCGUCUAGCAAGCACAACGCCUCAUCGACGGGCAUGUCCAAGUCGUCCUCGUAUGUUAGCAGUGCUAAAUUUAGUUGAUCCACCGCCAUGACUCUGACCUGCAAAACGAACAGGAUUAGGCCUUUCUGGUUAAUGGUGGUACACUUAAAAGUCCGAUGAAGUUGAGCACGCCAGUCUGUAGCGCUUGAUCAUUAAAGCACGACUCAGGUUCAGGUUCAAGUUCAAUCGAAUAAAUAUACAUGAUCAAACCGAUGCCCCAGCAGAACCGACAGGAGCUUCAGAACCUGUUUCUGAAUUGAUUUGACUGGUAUUAAUUGACACAGGGCGUUCGAUACAGCCGUAAGCUUCUUC